AUAUUUCCCUAAGAGUAAGUAAAGUAUAACGCUUGCCUCUCUCUAAAAAAAUUCCUUCUAAAGUCCAACUUCUUACAGUCCCAAAAGUAAUUAGUUGGUAACUGCUCACUUUUCUGUCAGAGAAAAGAAAAAAAAGGAUUCAAAAGCCCGAGGCAACUCCCAUUUCUCUAUAGAAACAUGGAAAGAGACUAAUGCUAUUGUUGUGUGUGUCAUCUUAUAUUACGAAUAAAGAUCUCACCAUCCUCCAAUCAAAUCGUAUUAGGCUUCUCCUUCCAUGUUCCCCAAGUCCGUUCUUUCCAUGUUCCCCAAGAAAAGAGUCCCGCCCUAUCAAAUCCUAUCAUACUCGUUUAUAUAUUUAUGAUUCCCUCUCACAAACCCGUCUUCAACGUAGGAGAGAAAGACCAUGGAAGCAACAAUGGCAAGAAGAGCUCUACUACUCUCCAUGAGCGUUGGGUUGGCUAGUUUCUUUAUAAUUCAUGUUUAUGGAGAGCAUUCUCCGGUGGGUCAAAUUCCCGGCGGUCGUUAUCAUGACCAAAUGCGUAACAUGCAAGCCUUCAGGGUCUCCUCUGUCCGGCACGAUUCGGUUUCUCGUCCACUAUCUCUCUCUCCUUCUCCUAGCUUUACUGGCCAACCAUCGGUGGCUGCACUAAGUCCACACGUAUAUCAUGUGACGUCAUACGGUGCUGACCCGACAGGAAGAGAAGACAGCACAGAGGCACUCCUCAGAGCAAUAUCAGAUGCAGCCAGAGGUCCAAGCACAGGGUCAUUGCUGGAGGGAAUCCAGAAUCUUGGGGGUGCACAGAUUAAUCUUGAUGGUGGAAAUUAUGUGAUUACCCAACCACUACGAUUGCCGGCCACCGGCGUGGGGAAUCUCAUGAUACAUGGAGGAACAUUACGUGCCUCGGACGAUUUUCCAACUGACGGGUAUCUGAUCGACCUGUCAGCUUCAUCGACUAGUAAUAAUGAAGAAAACAGAGAGAGCUCCAAGGAUGCAGAGCUAUUGUCCUCAUCAUCACCUUACAAUUGCGAGUAUAUAACCCUCAGAGACCUCAUGUUGGAUUCAAACUACAGGGGUGGAGGCAUUGCGGUAAUAAACUCACUCAGGACUAGCAUAGACAACUGUUACAUUUCCCAUUUCACAACCAAUGGGAUUUUAGUCCAAGGUGGCCAUGAAACCUACAUCAGGAGCUCCUUCCUUGGCCAGCACAUCACUGCUGGAGGUGAUCAUGGUGAAAGGGACUUUUCGGGAACUGCAAUAAACCUAAUGGGUAAUGAUAAUGCUGUAACCGAUGUGGUAAUUUUUUCAGCUGCAAUAGGAAUAAUGGUUUCUGGUCAAGCCAACAUACUUUCAGGUGUACAUUGCUACAAUAAGGCCACUGGCUUUGGUGGCACUGGGAUUUAUCUGAAACUGCCCGGUUUGACACAAACCCGAAUCGUGAAUUCCUACUUGGAUUACACUGGUAUAGUUGCAGAAGACCCUCUACAGCUUCAUAUCUCUAAUAGCUUUUUCCUUGGUGAUGCAUACAUUGUCCUGAAAUCAAUAAAGGGUGUUGCACAUGGGGUCAAUAUUGUUGACAACAUGUUCUGUGGGUCGGAUAAAGGUAUUGAAAUUGUUCAACUGGAUCAAUCCAAUGGACCUUUCAAAGAUAUCGAUCAAGUUGUGAUUGAGAGGAACAAUGUGAGAGGGAUGAACAUAAAGUCCACAGUUGCAAGGGGAUCUGUGAAUGGAAAAGGAAACUUAUGGGUUGUCGAUUUUAAUAACGUUCUUAUAUUUCCUAACCUUAUUAGGAAUGUGCAGUAUUCGUUGAGUGCAACUGGCAGCCAGUUCCCCAACCAUGCCUUGCGGAAUGUAUCUAAUAACAUUGUAGAGAUUCAGACAGAUUUGGAUAUUCCGGCCACUGUAUUCGUUAUAGCAGAUCAAGUGUAGCAAGUUAAGCUGAACUAGGCUUUAAGUUCAAGAUGUUCUGGCUCCCCAACUGUGAAUAGGUCGGAAGGUCCGUUUAUUCAUGGCAAACUUGUUUACUUUCUUAUGAUACAACAACUUCAAAAUGACAACCAAAUCUGUAGUGAUGGUGUAAAAGUAUCGAAGACGAGAGAAAAUGAUAUUUUCUUCAUGUUUGGCUUUAGGAUAUUUU